AUGACUUCCUCUACUAUGCCACUUGGGUAUACAGAUGAAGAGGAGAGGAUUCUCAAGGCAGUCAAUGAAUACAAAGCAACAAAGAAAUUCGAGAAAAUCAUGGAGUUCAAGGAAGCGAUGCGAAAUAAGCUCGACAAAUUGGAUAUGGCAGAGAGAGAGGGUAGAUUGGUCAAUGAUUGGAUGAUGACUGAAUCUAUGGUGAAGGUAUGUUAA